AUGUCUUCACCUCUUCAACCUCUUUUCACCACUUGUCCUUUAAUUCUACCUUCACCAUCCACCUCUACUACCGCGCAACCAUUAUUCGUGACCUCACCCAUAGAAGAAGAAGGUUACUCGAAACAUGCAUCUUAUCCCUCCGUACCACCUUCACCACUAAUUGAAACACUGUCAUUUGCAAAAGUGCCUAUCCCCUCCACUACGGUGUCGACUGAUUCCGAAGCUUUCUCUUCAUCGGAUUGGACGGAUUCAAGAAGAAGAAGUGGUACUACUUCACCCUCUUUAAUCACUUGCUUAUUCCAAUCAGCAUCAAUCAUGAAUCCCAACGACAACAACAACAAUAAGAAUAAUAGAAAAACCGAUCCGUCACCCAAUAGGAACGGCUCGAAACCAAUUCUGAGAAGGGACUUAAUGUCAACAAGUGCAUCGGAAGAUAAUAGAGAUAAUCAUUAUCCUUUCCAUCCUUCAACCGAUUCCGGUUUCGGCUUAGGUAUCUCAAAAUUACCCUUGCAAGAUACGGAAUCAGAAAUACCCGUUUUACCCGCAUUGAAGAAAAGACCAUCGGUAUUGACUUUUGCUGUAUCUUCACCCAGAGCAGGACCUUCACGUUCGACUUCAGUUUCACCCACCUCCACUUCGUCAUACGCCAACGCCAAAUUACCUAGAAGUCCAUGUGUUAAACCUAAUUGGGGUAAAGUGAAAGGCAGAGUGGAAAAUGAAGAAAUUGAAGAAGAGGAAGAGAAUGAUAAUGAUAAUGAUGAUGGCGAUGAAGAGAAUUACAUGAUCGAUUCACCUUUACCUAUACCUGGAUGUGGUCAAGAUGAAAGUGAAGAAGAAGAUGAAGGUUAUGUGGAAGAUGAAGAAGGCGGUUUCACUUCCGAUGAAGAAGAAAAUCAUCAUGAAAUGAGAAGUAAACCAUCUUGGGCAGAUAUAAGUUGGACAAAUGAGUAUGUGAACAAUACACCUAAAAGGAGAUCAGCCAAUAUCGAUCAAAUGGAAUAUCCAACUUCGACAGAUGAUUGUGCGAUAACAACUACAUCGAUGAUUGGACAUGGACGUGUCACCAGUCCAUCAUCAAAUUUAAGGGGAAGGAAAGUAUCAAUUUCAAUAGUAGCCAAUACCAAACCAUCUUCGUCAAGAUGUACGAGGCAUAGAUCACCUCCACCACCCAUCAGAGCUUCUACAAUAUCAGUAGCACCUCCAGCUGCAAGAUCACCUUCUGCAGCUGACUUAUGCCGUCGUAGAGGUUCAGCAUCUAUCGAAAGAUCAGAUUCUCAAAGAAUCAAAAGAGGUUGGAAAUCCGAUGAUCAUUCUUUAUUACCUGAUUCAAUUUACAAUCAGAAUCAGAAUCAAAUUCAAAAUCACAAUUGCAAUCGAAGAGGAAUGUCCAGUAGACCAAUUAUCUCACAUACCAACUCGUUUCAACUUCCUUCAGCAUCCGCUUCAACGUCAACGUCAACGUCAAACACAAAUAUAGAGAGAAAAGGUAGUUUGCCAACUACUCGAUCGGAGAAAAAUAGACAAACAUCAUCGAUAUUGAAAAAACAACAUCACAAUCCAUCUUCAAUUCCAAUGCAAAGAUCUUCAGGUCAAACUAAUAAAAUACCACCUAAAACUCCUCCAUUAGAUGUUGUAAAAUGUCCCACUUCAACAACUUUAAAUAAAUUGUCCAGAACAGGUUCAGCGCCCGUUCAAUCCACGAUAACCAAAAAUGGUGCCGGUAAUAAUCAUCACGAUGGUCAAAUGUUAGAUAUCAUAGAUGGGAAUUGUCAUUUCGCCAGAAGUGCGAUAGGUUAUGAAGAAGAAGAAAUGGCUAUUGCACAUGCUAAUGGUCAUGGUCAUGGACAUGGACUUGGACAUGGACAUGGACAUAAUAGAGGAAUAAGAGUCAUUUGA